GGCCUCUGCCACUGGUGGACAUCAGCUUGGUACCAAUCAGUCCUUAGGAUUCUUGGACAGUCUCUUACCCCACAUCCUUCCCCACUCAUGUCUAGGGGAAGUGAUGACUGCGCAGUGCUGUGGACAGGCUGCCUUCCCUCUCCCUCUCUCUGUCUGUCCCCACCUCCCACCCUGCUCAGCCUCUCCACGCUGAAAGAGCCAAUGCCGAGUGACCUUCAACCACACCCACAGGGAACCAAAGGAAAAAGGGAGAGAGUGAGGGAGGAGUGAUAGAGAGGAGAGGUAGAGUGAAUGGAACUGGGGGGCAUAAGGAGAGAGAACGGGAGAGUAGAAGGAUAGAGAAAAACCUCAAAUUGAACCCAGGCAAUGGAAAAUCUCUGUGGAAGCCAGUGGAGCGCAUAGCUGAUUGUGACAAGAAAUAUGACUCUCCUUCCCCUUUCUCACUGGUCUGAUUAAAGCUCUCACUUGGAGAUGACCCACACACACGGAGAACAGAGAGAAUAAAAGGUAGAGGGGAAAAAUGAGAGUCUUUGAAUUUAGAUGUGACGCUGAGAAGGUGGAGAUUGAUUUGCCUAUGCACUUAACGGAACACAAUGACAAGGUGACGCAAACGUACUCUCCUUGACCAUCAAAACAAUCUCUCCAACACUAAAACCCUUCCAUUCGGAAACCCUUAGGCUAUACUGCAGCCGAGUGGGACCGGUUUAACAUUUACAGUACAACAAAAAGACAGGAUGGUUUUGAAAUGUGUCCACAGGCAUCUCUUGCUCUACUUGCUUCCAUAUAUCUGAGUGACAUUUCAGUAAGGGUCCAUUCUGUAUAUCUGAUAUUUUACUGGCAGGGCAAAUCAAAGCCAUAAUCUACUUCCAUGUAAUACAAAGCCAUUAUGCUAGUUAUAAUUUCAGCAAAGUGGCAUCAUGAUAAUUACCAUAACCGAUUGACAUAACCGUGGUCUCCUAAAUAUUCAUGCAUUCCACUCUGGAUCUUAAAGUUAUACAGCUGAGCUGAUGGUAAAAAGGAGGAGGUGGCAGAGGAGAGCUGAGCAGGGAGAACGAGCGAGGAAGAGAGGGGGAGCUGAGAGCACGUAACCUGCCUACAAAUGAACACCACUAUCAAAGUCUAGUGGCUCGGUGAGUUUAUUCAUGGCUCUCGUGUCCUCAAGGUUUGCUUUACAGCCGAUACUUCUUAUGUGGAUGUUUUGGGGGGGGGGUCGUGUAUUCCUGAUAAUGAUUCCGCGUCAAGCAGUAUUCCACUUCUGAGCGACUUCGACAGCUCAGAGCACGGCCAAUAAGCCCGCACAGCUCCUUCGUGACUCACUGGAUCUUCGGCUGCCAGACCCGAGGUGUCAAAUUCAAGACGGACAUACCGAGAGAUGGAGAAUCCUGCAGCCGCGGUGACCGUGGAAUAAUUCAGCAAAAUGACAAGCUUAUUUGACCGACUCAGAAGAAAGAAAAGAGUCUUGACUGUUUAAAUGUGAACUUAAUUUGGACAAACUCGAAGAUCGACAGAGGGCAAUUACUUUUCCCUAUUUAACAGGAUCAGACCAUCAUAGCAGAGAGGGAGCCUAUUCAAAUAUUUUUGGACAUAGCACAAACAAAGCAAAUCGAUGUAAGGAAUCCGUUUGGACCUUCAUGUUCAUCCAGGGACCAUUCCACUUCUACUAAUAGGCGAAGUGGAUCUCAAUCAAGCCAGGUGGAGCGGCAAAGCAAGAACGCAUGCUUUGGGCAUGGUGCCUACGCCCCAGGUGUGCGUAUCAACCCUGGUCACAGUGAGCACAAUGGCAGUGGUCGACCUCUACCUGCUGGAGCAGAGCAUGCUGGGAGCCCGGGGCAAGGCAGGGCCCGGCGUGUGGCCGUGCGCCGCCGUGCUGCUAGGUGACCUGGGCUUCCUGCUGGCUCUGAGAUUCGUGUCGGCGGGCGUGGUGUCGGAGGCGCUCUCCCCCCGCCGCGGCUUCGCCAACGCCCUCUGGUUCCUCUUCCUGUCCCUGCUCCAGCUCAAACUCUUCUUUGUCUGCCAGAACUACCGGACGGAACGUCGGCCACCCGACCCCCUGGCCAGGAAGACACUCACCCUGCUGCUGUCUAUCUGCCUUCCCUCCCUGUUCCUCAUCCUGACUGGGGCUGACAACAUGACGCCAAUGCGGAGGAAGCAGGAGGUGCGGGGGAGGCUGCUCUGGGUGGUGGUGGACCUGCUGGAUGUUCUGGACCUGCAGGCCGGGCUGUGGGAAGCCCACGCAGGGGCCACUGAUCUGAGGGUGCCCCUGUGGGCCGAAGGCCUGGUGUUCUUCUACUGCUACGCCCUGCUGCUGCUGCUGCCCUGCGUGGCCCUCACAGAGCUGGGAGCCGCCGCCAUGCCGGGACAGAGGGGGGCCCGUAAGGAGCCCCUGUACCCCUGGCUCAGCCUGGUCACCAUCAACGUGUUCACACUGGCCCUCAGGGGAACGGGCAUGCUAUGGUACAGGGACCCCCGGGUCUCGACAGUGUUCCUGGGGAAGAACCUGCUGGCCCUGGCUGUGAAGCUGAGCUCAGCCUGGGAGAGGCACAAGCAGGGUGGGGACAGAGGGAUGGGGGCUGGGGACGGAGCAGAGGCAGGGGGGGAAUCCACCCUGGCAACGCAGAGCUCAGAGCAGACGGAGGACCAAGCCACAGGCAAAACCACCCCUGGGCCGCCCUCCCGCUACCACACACCGUCCCGCUCCCACAGCCACGGCUACUCCCUGUCCCAUGUCAGUCUGGAUCCCACAGAAACCUCCAUGGGCCCCUCCAUCUCCCAUGAACUCUAGAAACUGUCCAGAGAGAAAGACAGCACGGCAUCAGCCGUCAAGCUCAUCAGAGCUCCCAGGUCAGGGAAGCAUUUAGCACUGAAGAGAAGACGGUUGGCCUCACACUGAGACAGAAACUAAAAACCACAGGACACCAACCCAGGCAAUCACAGCAGUAACUCAUCCAAUUAGCUAACUUUGGUUAAAGGGAUGAUUUUUCCAUCCCCUGGGUCCCGGUCACUUGUAGUAUUUGAGAGAGGGCUGGGGCGGCGUGAGAAAUGUAAAGCGAAGAACUGCAUUUUUUUCCAAGGAGCUACAAUCAGUACUGGUUCCAUAGACAUCGGUGUCAUAUGGGACAUAAUCACGUCGUGUUUGUCAGUGUGUUUCCUGUGAAAGCUCUUCCACAGCUGUUGUCGGCGACACCUCCAGGACAGCUUACAAACUGAAAUAAAGUUUUUCAUUCUCCCAGGCUCCGACACUUUAUUGGCCAUGUGUGGGAGGGUAUUGGCAGCCUGUCGCCACAAAUGGAGAAAACAGGAUCAGAGGUCGAUCAUUCACAGCUAGGGGACAUACUAGCUGUCCAACUCUCCACACAUCCGGGGCAGGCAGUGCAGCGUGAUGUGCUAUGUGGACAGAGUGACAGAGAGGAAAAGCUAUCAUAUAAUCACAAUUUAACCAGCAGCACCAGCCCUGGUAGGCACGCAGUGAUCCUUCAGCCAGCCAUUUGUCUGCAGGUCUGGCUUGAAUGUUUCAACAGGGGAGCCUGCAGAUGUGCUAGGGUGUGUGUGAGAGGAAGUGCUGUUUUGAGGAUAGGCAAGGGUCUAUUCAAUCUCCAUCAGCGGUUCCUAAUGCACUCCGCACCCAGUCUGCCUCCGCUCUAACCAUUAAUGCUACUAUUAAUUGAAAUUGGGACCCAUUCGUCUAAAUGCUAAUAGCUUAGAUAGCUUUAUACUUGGUUUACAGGGCAUAUUUACAGGGCAUAUUUACAGAACUGAAUUGAGAAUGCCUCAAAUUCCAAUUAAAUUCUUGAAUUAGAGUUAAAGUAGUU